AUGCCAAAGGCAAGGGUCGAGACCACCGCCGCGCAAAGGGUCCUCAUUAUCAAGGCAUGGGAAGGAGACGAGGAUGGGACGAAAACUCCUAAACAAAUAUCCGAAUUUUUGAAAAUUAAUUAUAAAACAGUUUGGAGCAUCAUAGAACGUUAUAAGAAAACAAAAAGUACUGUCAACAAACCAGAAAGAAAAUCCAUUUUCACGAAGCGCGAGAAUCGUUCAAUUGUCAAACUUGUGAAAGUAAAUCCAACAUCUAGCGGUGUAGAAAUGGCUAAGGUUGCUGAAAUUGCUAAUGGGAAGAAGAGCAGUCGUAGGAGAAUCGGAAGGAUCCUUAAAAGUGAGGGAUACAACAACUUUAGAGCAAAGAAGAAGAGCUUCGUCUCCAAGAAAAAUAUUAAGAAGCGACUGGAGUUUGCAAAGGAGCACUUGUGGGAUCACAUUGAGAGAGAAAUCAGGAAAACGUAA